AUGGCGCAUGGCACACUUCGAGACGAUGGUUGGCGUGUUUGCUCCGGGGCUUUUGGUGUGCUGACAAGCGUGGCGGGUGGCGCAUCCGGUGUGCUCAAGAACUUUGCAAAUGUAAGCCGUGCCAGGCAUGUUACAGCAUGGAACAAGGCUGAAAAGCUUGCCAAGUUAGCAUCCCAGGGAGCGACUGUCGACGAGGCAGCCAAGGCUACCAAAGCAGCACGGGUGGUAGCGCAAGCUGCAAAGGCUGCUGAGCAAACGGGGAAGCAAGCAAGAGCAGCUGAAGUGGCCUACCGAGCCAUUUCCAGCGUCAGUGCCUGCUGCACUUCCGUAGAGGGAAUUGCCAAGGGCGACGCAGUCAAGGCGGUUGGCGGAUGUGUUACCGCAGGUUGCAGCGCGGGCAGUGCAGUUCAAACCGGCAUGACACCCGUAAACUUUGUCGAGUCCGCGGACUCUGCGGUCAACAAGUCCAUAGUCGCCUCAUGCGGGCGCGCGAGCCUGGCGGAUCUGGCUCGAGACACACGCCGGGCCGGCCCAAACACUCCAGUGACCAUAAACGGCAAAGUGACCAAGAGCCUGCGAGAAGCCGCAGCCUUGUCCAAGAACGCUUUGCACCAGGCUUAUGCGGAGGUUCAAGCAGCCAGCAGCAAAGCCGAGACGAUUGCAGAAAGUGUGGGUGGUAAACUCUUCAGGGAAGGCUCGAGAGCCCCGCAAAUGUUGGCCGAGAAUUGCGAUUCCUUGAUGGAAGUGCACGCCUGUCUGACAGAGCCUGUGAAGAGCCUGCGCAAGAGCAAGAGCCGGCGCAGGAGCCUUCGCGAAAGCUUGCGCAAGAGCCUGCGCAAGAGCCGGCGCAAGAGCCUGCGCAAGAGCCCACGGAAGAUCUCGCGCAAGAGCCGGCGCAAGAGCCUGCGCAAGACCUUGUGCAAGCGCCCGUGCCAGAGCCCACGCAAAAGCCUGCGCAAGAGCCUACACACGAGCCCACGCAGAGCCCGCGCAAGACCCCGCCUGCGCAAGACUCUGCGCAAUUUGCUGCGCAAGACCCUGCGCAAGACGCUACGCAAGACCCUGCGCAAGACCCUGCGCAAGACCCUGCCUGAGACCCUUCGCAGGAUUGCGCCAGAGCCUGCCCAAGAGCCUGCGCAAGAGCAGAUCAACUGCAAGGCUUUUGCUGUCUGA